AAAUGUUAAAACCACAAUAUAAACUGUAAAUAAUUACUAUGCAGAAAUGUGAAAUAUGUGUAUACAUUUCUUAAUACAAACUAAAUAAGAUCAAUCUAUAUUGCAAAUUCUAAGAUACAGGAUUGGAAUCAUUAAAGUGUUACACCAAACACACCAUAUCGCGUAAACGCGUGAUGGAGUCUGAAUGCAGCCAACAGACAGAAAAUAAUCACAUUGAAAUGGAAACAGAAAAGAGCUCGGACCCUGAAAACGGUCAAAGCAGUGAUACUAAACAGGACACCAGCAGCACCGCAGUUGAUCCAUUUAAGAAGCCGGAUGUUUUUGUCCCUCCAUCUCUUACUGUGAGGAAAUCAGCAGGAUUAAACUCAAGCAAGAAGCUCGCAGAGGAAUUAAACAGCAGCAGAUCAGAAAAUGAAGACACACGUCUUGAUACUAAACAUCAGCAAUCAUCUGCAAAAUCUGCAGACACUCUAACAGACCUGUCCGAUAAUCCAUCAUCCGAGAAAUCAGAACCACAGAAGGCUAAGCCCAAACCAAAAGACAUUCGACCCAAGGUCCCUGCCAAGCUCCCCCCGGCAGGUAAAUUUCCUCCGCUCCCGUACACCGAGCCCCCAUGGGGGUCUAUACCUGAUAUCAGCUACUCGUUUGAGCUGCUGAAAAACGGGGCGAUUUUGGAUACGGUCCCGCUGACUCAGAGGAGUUACUUUGUGGUGGGUCGGUUGCCGGUGUGUGAUGUGUCUCUGGAGCAUCCGUCCAUCUCCCGCUAUCACGCCGUGGUGCAGUACCGGGGCAGAGCUGGGCAGGACGGAGUCUUAGGAGAGGAGAAGGGCUUCUAUGUCUAUGAUCUGGGGAGCACACAUGGGACAUUCGUGAAUAAGAACAAAAUACCCCCUAAAACAUACAUAAGACUCCGAGUGGGACAUGUUCUGAAGUUUGGAGGAAGCACACGACUCUUUAUUUUGCAGGGACCAGAGUUUGAUGAAGAAGCAGAAUCUGAACUGACAGUGACAGAGCUCAGAGAGCGUGCUAAAAAACAGAGGGAAGAGCUGGAGAAGAGGAUGAUGGGUGAUGGCUCAGAUGAGGAGGAGGAGGAGAAAGAGGACAGUGAAGCUAGUGCGACAACGAGAAGCUCCUCAGAAGAUACUGGCUGCUCUUGGGGAAUGGAUGAAGAGGUAGUGCCAGAAGAGGAUGAAAAUGAGGAGAAUCCAUUUGCAACAGAAUUUCAAGAGGAUCAGGAAGCAGCAUACUUAAAAGAUCCUAAAAAGGCAUUACAGGGCUUUUAUGACAGAGAAGGAGAAGAACUAGAGUUUGAGUAUGAAGAAAAAGGCCAUGGUACCUGGCUUUGCAGAAUUAAGUUGCCUGUGGAUGAUGCUAUGGGCAGGCAGCUGGUGGCUGAAGUUACCCACUCAGGGAAAAAGAAAGAGGCGGCCAUCCAAUGCUGUUUAGAGGCCUGCCGCAUUCUAGAGGCCCGUGGUCUUCUGAGGCAGGAGGCAGUAUCCCGAAAACGCAAGAAAAAGAACUGGGAAGAUGAAGAUUUUUAUGACAGCGAUGAUGACACAUUCCUUGAUCGGACAGGAGCAGUGGAGAAAAAGCGGACUGAGCGCAUGAAGAAGGCUGGAAAGAUUCAUGAGCGUCCUGAUACAUAUGAAUCACUGCUAGCCAAACUGACUGAGGUUGAAAAGGAGCUAGCUGAGACUGAGAAAAAGCUCAGUUCUUCUGGCAAAGGAAUCUCCAGUUCUUCUACAGAGGACCCUCUAGAUGCUUUCAUGAGCUCUGUGCGUAGAGAGACAGCUCUGGAUGGAGUGGAGAGAAAGAAGCUACAUUUACAUGUAGCUGAGUUGAAGAAGGAAAGUCAGAGACUAUGCAAGCUAGCAGACCUGGCAAAACCUACCCAACUGCCUUCAUUACAGCCCAGCGUAUCUAAUAGUCAGUCCACAGACACUGAGAAAUCUAAGAAGUCUCUGCCUAUGUUUGGAGCUAUGAAAGGAGGGAGUAAAUUCAAACUGAAGACUGGAACUAUAGGAAGGUUGCCCCCAAAGCGAACAAAUCUUCCUCCUGAGCUCUUCAAUAUGAAAGAAAUGCCCUCUGGUGGUGAGGAAGAGGAAGAAGAGGAGGAGGAGAAGGAAAAAAACAAGACAGAGGAUGCAGUCACAGAUGGUGAUAUGGAGGUUGUUCAGGCUGCAGAGAUGACCAGCUCAGAAUACUCCAGUGAAGACAGAGCUGAAACUCAGGCAGACCACCCUUCUAAUGCCGAAGGAGACCAUGAGGACCACCCUGCUAAGAUGGUUGCAUCUCAUGAAAAUCAGACGUCAUCCCAUCUUCAAAAGAAAAGUGCCUCUCGUCCAAAAGAAGAAAUUGACAAAAGUGUCUCAAAUGUUCCAAAGACAAAUACAAAGAAGAAAAUGACUGGCCCAAGCAGGCCUCCUGUGACCAUGUCUAAGCAGUACCCAGAAGAUGACCCUGACUACUGCGUUUGGGUUCCUCCAUCAGGUCAGACUGGUGAUGGUCGGACACAUCUGAACGAUAAGUAUGGAUACUGACUGAAAAAGACCAUCCUCUCUGUAUAAGGAAAGCAUUCAUCUUAUCCCUUGGGAGUGGACAGAUACAUCAUCUUUUUUUUUUUUUUUUUGCCCUUCCUUAUACUUCCAAACAGUGUACUUUUUGGCUGCUGUUUAAUUAAGACAUUUCUAGCACUUGUUAAUGCAAACUGUUUGGUCCUGUGACUGAUUUUAAAUAUCUUUUGCCCUGUAUUCAAUGAAACACAUCAAUUUUUCUAACAAAGGUUUUUGGAGUGGAGGUGGCUUAAGGUUAGGGAAAAGAUUAUUCUAAUUUCAGAGUUGUUUUCAUGGGCACACAAUAUAAUUUCUUAAUAUUUUGGAAUUUCUGUCCGGCUGUAAUUCGUCCAUGUUACAUUAUAUUUUCUUCAAAUACAUCAUGCCACUGUAAUGUCAGUCCACUUACGUUUGAGCACUUCUGUUGUUGACAAAUCUCUACCCACAGCUUGCUGUUCUGGGAUCAUUUUAACAGGCUUAAGCGAGCUCAUUGACCACUCAAUCCGCUGUUCUGGGUCAUUCUCAGAACAACGGCGGACUCCCUCCUCAGUUUGGCUGAGUGGCUAUGCUCCGUAUGGCGAGAGCUCCUGUUGGACGCAGUUCUGUUGACUGCUAAUGAUGCCUCCUCAGAGAGAGGCGGCUUUACCAGCCAUCUGGACACUUGCUUGGCAUUCUAGGAUUUGGAGCAAGCUGUUAAUGAAUCAGUCUGUGUGUGUGUUUGCAAGAAAGGGAGUGAGAGUGAGCUCCGUGUACAUUAUUUAUGUGCGUUUUCUCUUCUCUUAACAUUAAUGAAGAGUGACUCAGUGUUAGUGAUGUGCGGGCCUGUAUGUGUUGGCGUGUCCAAGGAUGGAUUAGGCCCCCAACAAUUGCUACUACGCACUGGUCUCUCUGUUUAUCCAAACCUUCUAGUGCUUUUGAAUUCUCCAUUGUUUGGAGAGCAUGAUUAGUCACAUACAAAAUGUGUAUUUUGUUACUUAUGUUUUGUAAAAAUAAACAUUUACACUGUGUCUCAUCAA